AUGCAACCAAGUUUUCCAAUGAAUACAGACUAUAAUAAAGAAUCAAUCAAAAUGUCAGAUUCAAAUACUCAAGCUGCUUGGUAUGAACUACUUCCACCAACACCAGUCCUCAAUGGACAAGAACAAGACUUCGAAAACAACAAGCUGCAACUGAAGAAGAAAAAAUGUCAUGGUAAUCGGCGACUCCAACGUUUCAGAAAGAGAUGUCGAGCACGAGGAAUGAAUGAUCAAACAAUAAAAAUGUUAUUGACCAUGCAUUCAACAGACAAUUCCGUUCAUCAAGCUAAUCAAGAAACAGACAAAGAUAAAGAUAUGGAUGAUUCUUUUGCAAUGAAUAUCAACAAUGAUGUACAAGUAGGAAAGUUCUAUGAAUAUCAGAAUCAAUAUCAGAGUUCACCAUCUAGAAGAACACAUCAAAAGAGUACGGAUCAUUGGAAACAGUUAUGCAAACUCUUACCAAAUUAUAAGAACUUGUCUCAUCGUAAAUUCAAAUAUUUACUUUCCAAUGUUAUUCCUACUUAUCGUCAGCAAAUUCAACAAUACUUAGCAAACACUGAAAUGUUACAAUUCGUUCAACAACUUACUCAAUUAUUGUGUACCUUCUUUCAAUUGAAAAUCGAAGAAGCCUAUUGGAAUUAUAUUGCCGAUUUGAAUCUACCUAUAAUGACAUGGUUAUCAAAUAUAUCUAAAGAUGUCACACUACAAAAUUCUAUCAAUUGGGAUCAUUCAAAAACAAAACAAAAUAUCCAAAAUCGACAAAACAUCAUUCAAAAUAAAUUACAAGAAAUGGCAAUUAAUUUAUACAAUCAUUUACAACGAUAUUCAUCAAGUUUAGGAAUGGACAAUAAAAUAGCUUUUGAACAAUCGAUCAAUAUCAUACAAAAUCCUCUUCUUCUUCUCAUAGAAAAGGAUUUACAUAGAUUCCGUACCAAUUUUGAACAGAAGAUAAUCUUAUUGUCAUACGAUAUCAAUGAUGCACAUCUUGUCAAAUCAUUCUAUGAUUUAAAUCCAAUCCAAGAACAGAUGGAAUGUGCUCAACAAAUUUGGCGAUCAAAAUUAAAAGUAUGUAAGAAGAUGAUUAUUCAAAACAAGAAAUAUGUGUCAAUGACUGAUCAAGUUAACGUUAAAGGAAUCAUUCAAAGUAGUAGUUCAAUCAUCAACACGAGACAACAUGAACUCGACAUUGAUAGUAAGGAUCAAGAGAACCAAUUCAUAUCAAUGGAAUACUUUGCCCCUUCAAUGCGUGCUAUUAUUAAAGCUCGUCUCGACAAUAUCGAACAACGUGCUCAACAAAUUAUAAAGUUCAUUGAUGUUUCGUCUCAAUCAUAA